AUGUUUGGACAACAACCGAUUUUAGUUUUGAGCCAAAAUACCAAACGUGAUUCCGGUCGGAAGGUUCAAUUGGAGAAUAUUAAUGCUGGAAAAACGAUAGCGGACGUUAUUCGAACAUGCCUUGGACCGCAAGCAAUGUUAAAAAUGCUAAUGGACCCGAUGGGUGGUAUAGUAAUGACAAAUGACGGUAACGCAAUUCUAAGAGAAAUUACUGUACAACACCCAGCAGCGAAGUCUAUGAUAGAAAUUGCCAGAACACAAGACGAAGAGGUUGGUGAUGGCACUACAUCAGUCAUAGUUUUGACUGGUGAAAUGCUAGCCGUAGCUGAACCAUUCCUUACCCAAAACAUUCAUCCUACCGUGAUUAUCAGGGAGUACCGUCAGGCUUUGGAAGAUGCUAUUAAAUUGCUUCAAGAAAAAAUUUCUAUUCCAAUUGAUUUAAAUGAUAAGGAUAAGUUGAAGGAAGUUAUUCGAUCUUGCAUAGGAACAAAAUACAUUGGCCGUUGGGCUGAUGUAGCAGUUGAUAUUGCUCUUGAUGCGGUCAACACAGUCACAAUUGUUGAAAAUGGGAGAGUUGAAGUUGAUAUUAAGAAUUAUGCAAAAGUGGAAAAAGUACCAGGAGGCACAAUUGAAGAAUCACGCGUGUUGAAUGGAGUAAUGUUUAAUAAAGAUGUCACCCAUCCAAAGAUGCGUCGUUACAUCGAAAAUCCGCGUAUUGUCUUACUUGAUUGUUCUUUAGAAUAUAACAAAGGCGAGAGUCAAACAAAUGUUGAAGUAUUUGGUGAACAGGAUUUCACAAAGCUGUUACAGCUGGAAGAAGAGUUUGUACAGCGUCAAUGUGAAGAUAUCAUUGCAUUGAAGCCUGAUGUUGUGUUCACUGAAAAGGGUGUCUCUGAUUUGGCACAGCAUUAUCUUGUCAAGGCUGGCAUCACUGCUAUCCGCCGGUUACGUAAAACAGACAACAAUCGCCUUGCGCGUGCCUGUGGUGCGACCAUAGUUAACCGCACAGAAGAGCUAAGAGAGUCCGAUGUUGGCACAGGGGCUGGCAAGUUUGAAGUGAAAAAGAUUGGCGACGAAUACUUCACAUUUGUAACACAGUGUAAAAACCCUAAGGCCUGCACAAUUCUUCUUCGUGGUGCUUCCAAAGAUGUAUUAAAUGAGAUUGAGAGGAAUCUUCAAGAUGCACUACAUGUGGCUAAGAAUUUGGUACUGAACCCAAGACUAGUGGCGGGUGGUGGCGCGGUGGAGAUGGCCCUGUCAGCAGCUCUCACUGCAAAUUCCACACACAACACUCCUUACCGUGCUGUGGCACAAGCUUUAGAGAUAAUCCCGCGCACGCUGGCCCAGAACUGCGGCGCGAACACCAUCCGCACGCUGACGGCGCUGAGGGCGCGCCACUCGGCCGGCGUGAGCACGGCCGGCAUCGACGGCGAGACGGGCGAGAUCGUGGACAUGGCCGCCAAGGCCAUCUGGGAGCCGCUCGCCGUCAAGAUGCAGAUCUACAAAACGGCGGUAGAAACCGCGAUCCUGCUGCUCAGGAUCGACGAUAUCGUCUCCGGCUCCAAGAAGAAGACGGACAAGGAGCCAACUGCCCCGGCCAACAUGGCCGCUGGCCAGGAG